AUGCGCCUCUUUAUCCCCCUUGCCCUCCUUUUUACCGCACUAGGCGGCGCCGCAAAGAACUUUGAGACACUCGCUGUCUGCCGCUUCCUUGCCAGUCUGGCUAUAUCCCCCGCGGGCACCGUCAGCGUCGGCAUUGUGAAUAAUCUCUGGGACGUCGCGCUGUUCAAGACCGGCACAAUGCUCGCCCUGACUGUCGCGCUGAUGAAUCUUCUCCCGGCAGCCAUCGGGCCGUCGACCGGUGCUGCGCUCGUCGCGACAACAGGCGACUGGCGCUGGACCUUCUGGCUAAAUGCCAUCGUGCUCGGCGCAAUCAUGCUGCUGACCUUUCCAGUCCCGGAAACGUACCAGCCCUACCGGCUCAAGAUGCACAACAAGAAGACGGGGGAAGGCACCGCCGCUACCACCACACGCACGGAGUACAUCAAGACACUACGCGUUGCAUUCACCCGCCCCGUCCACAUGCUCUUCACCAAACCAAUCUUCUUUGAGAAGGAGCAGGGCCUGGCCUUCCUCCCGAUCCUAGGUGGAAACCUCCUCGGCAUCGUGGUGAUAGGGAUCUGCGAUAAGUGCAAGUACCAGAAAGCACGGCAGGCCGCGCUGGCCACCAGCGCCAAAGUCGAGCCCGAGCUUAGACUCCAUGCUGCCUGCGCUCGCGUGGACCGCAAGGCCAGCUAUCCACUGCGCCGUCCCACUUCUCUCAGGCGUCCUGUUUGGCCUGGGCCACGCUACCGUCGCUCUAUCCUACAACAUCUACAAGAACGACAUCUACGGCGCCGAGUACGGGGCGUCCGCAUUUGCGGGCGAGGUGAUGCUGCGCUAUUUGCUGUCGGCGGCUACGCCCUUGUUCUGGGAACAGGCGAUGGAGGCCCUGGGGAUCGACUGGUCUAUUUCACUUUUGGGCUUUGUCUCGCUGGUGCUUGUUCCCCUGCCGUGGGUGUUUAUGAGGUAUGGGGCGUAUUUGAGAUCGAGGAGUAA